AUGGCAGCGGAGGUUAACCCAAGACUAUGUAUCUCUGCUGGAGAAGAGAAACAGAGUUUGGUGCACAAACCCUCAAGGAAAGACCGAGCUGCAGGUGGUAGGACCAGAAAUACCGAACAGUUUGAUAAGCCAGUAAAGCAUGAAGAAGAAUAUGGGGCGAGGACUUCUGUGUUACAAGGCAAGGUGAAGGCCCUGAAGGAAAAGUACAUGAAGGAGAGAAAGGAGAUCAGAAUGUUGGAAGAUGAAGGUGGAGAAAAGGACAAUGAAGAUGCUCUGGUGUCUCCUCAACUCCGAACCUACCUUACGGAAGAGUUAUUGGACUGUACUAAGCAUGGAAGAUAUUCUGGUGCUCACCAAGGGAGCUGGGGAUGUGAUGAGCUGUGGGGGACAUACAGCUCAGAUGGGUCCUCAAACACCCACAGCAAUGGCUGCAGAAUAGGAAGCCCAUCAAACCACAGUCAGAGCCCAGAGAACAACUCUUCACUCUGUCUUCAGGAGAGGCUCCAGUCUUCAUCUAAUGAUCUAGGUGUACCAGAGAACACUACGGAAUGGGAUUCAGUCUCUCUGACCCUGGCUGAAAGAGUAGAGAGAAACCGACAGGAGCUGAGGAGUAAAUUUGGCAAAGCAGACGAUCAUGGUGGAGAGAUCACUCACAGUCGUGUACUCAGCCAAGGGCAGACCACCAAAAGCUGGAUAAUCACAGGUGACAUAGAUGGAGACUUAGGUUUGGAAAUACCUGGGACUGAAGACAAUGGGGAGCUCAGCGCCGUCACGAACAGGCCAAGCAGCUGCUACAAAGAGCACGGAUGAAAGCAAAGGGGGCCAGUCCCUUGCGAGCAUCCCACUGUGUCCUUGCACAUCCACACUCGCAGCCCACUCUUCGCCGAGGCCCCAACAUCUCAGGUGCUGUGACAGACGGAGGAUCCCUAAGUGACAGCUCCAGCAGCGAGUAUUCUUCUUGGCACAAAGGCUCUCGAGGGAGUUCACCCUCUCAUGUACGCUUCCAGGAUGAGUCUGAGCGGGAUGCUGAAGAAAGAUACAGAGAACGACAACAGGUUCCACAGAAGCUCUCUACUCCACCACCCAAGAGACAGUCAAAUGGUCCUGUUUCAUGGACAGAGCAGCUGCCACCUUCAGGGCAUGGACAGUGUGGAACAUGUGGCUCUUAUGUCAAAGGAACAGGUACCAGUCCAGCUAGCACGCAUGGUACAAACCUACGCAAUGUCCAUUUGGGGUCCAGAAUGACUCAGGAUGGCUCCGUGAGCUGCCCUCUGGGGGUCAAACCUUCUCCCCACUGGAUUUUGCCUUCUCAGCCAUGGCGAAUGUAUACUGAGUUGGUUCGUGAAACGCACAUUGGCAGUGACUCUACUCCUGAUUCGUCUGGAGAUGAUGAUGGUAAUCGAAGCCACAAUACCAAAAGUCGUGACUGGGGAAUGCACAGACACUGUAGAAAUAACUCAGCCAAUGCAACUCCUGAACAAGGAGCCAAGAUACUCCCUUCAAGUACAUACUCUGAGAGUGAAAAAAGAGUGGGUAGAUCCCUCAUCGAACAAAACAAUGGAAACAGAGUCUCUACUUCAAGUAAUGUUUUAAAAAGUAGGGGAAAAAAUAAGUCAAACCACUUAGAAUUUGUAGGCAAAACAUCAGAAACAAAUCAGGAGAUGGGCACUUCUGCAAGAAGUUAUUGUGUGGACUCUGUGAGGACUGGCUUAAGGAAGAGUCCACAAAAUACAGAAGCAAAACUCACACAAAGACACAAAAAUUUAGCUCUAGAAUUUGACACUAAACAGAACCCAUCCAUCCAAGAAACUGAAAUUGGGGCUGUUGUGCUAAAUAUGGACACUAAAGAAGGAAAUUCUAGAAUGAAUUUGACAGAUUGUAGAACUCAGGUUACUCCAGUGAUUCAGUGCAUGUCACAAGUUAUUUCAUCCCCUUAUAUGUCUGGCCAUGUGCCUGUACCACCUUCUGGGAAAGCUCCAAUAAUGAUGCCAUCAAGAAAUAGACUUACACUACGGCCAGGAGGCAUCAGUCAGCAGGUACACAACUUACAGGAAGGAGACAUAGUGCAAGCCUCCCAUGAUAUAAGGGAACCUCUAUUCAAACCAGUGCCAAACAGCAAGAAAAACACUCAAGAAACCCCUGUGGCUUUAGAUGGUCACCAACUUUCUACUCAAGGCAUGACAUCUAAAGAUUAUAAAUCUAGAGAACGGACUCAGAAAUUGAAGAAACACACAGAGACCAAAAAGAUGAAGGAAGUCAAGGAAAAUGGGGACUUCAUAAAACACCAGGAACCAAGGGAACUUGACAGACCUUACACCAGCAGUAGACAAAAAGACUAUGAUAGACAUCCAUCAUUCAAAGACCAAAGAGACAAAGACCAUGGUUCACCAAACCUAUCUAAGGAACCGGAGAAGAGUGAAACACAUCAUUCUAAAAGAGAAGAAAAGUGCACUGAAAAGUCAGGAAUAAACGGGCAGCUAACUUGCAGCAACAACGCAAAUACAGGAUCUGGCCAAUAUUCCCGUGAAAACAGCUUUUACUGCCAAACAAGUGAUUUGGGAAUUUCAACCAAGGACCGGUACCUGGAAGUAACAGAUGAGGGCUCAUUGCAGCUUGCAGUAAAAAAGGGAGACAUCCGUAGCGGGAUGAGGAAAAUCUUUUCCAGUAUUGGCCUGACCUCGCGGCCCAAGCUGGAGCGUUUCAGGUCCUCUAGUCUGGAGCAGAUUUCUUCCCCUGACCUUGGUGUGUCCAGUUCAGCACAUGGAGACAAUGAGUCAUGUGAUGGAUCAGUGAAGUCCGGGAAGAUAAAGAAGAGUCCCUCUCUGCAGUCCCUGAAACUGAUGUCACCCUUUCACCUCCCAAGAAAAGCCUCCUCUGUGCAGAACCUGCUGGGUAAAUCGGACCGCUCUGCUGUGUACAUCACAGGAGACCUCAACACCGCUCCCAGGCGUGCCCUCAGUGUGGAGGAUAUCGGAUCUCCUGGAAAAGCACGUGUGUUAGGGAAAGUGGCAGAAGUUUACCCAGAUGGUACGCGCCUUUUAGAAUUGCAGCGCCCUGAAAGUGGCACAUUUGGCUUCAGGAUUUCAGCUGGUAAUGGAAGGCCUGAUUCAGGUAUAUAUGUUCAGGAAAUGAGUGAUGCGAACACAGCCAAGCUUUACUCAGGUCUUCUACGUGUUGGAGAUGAGGUGUUGGAGGUGAACGGUACAAAAGUGUCAAUACUUGGACAGACUCGCCUCGCUGAGCUUAUGAACCAGGAACCUGUCUUAUCAUUACGUGUAUUGCACCAGAGACGGACCAAGUGUUGA